UUACUAUCCAACUACCACACCAUUCGACACCUUCUUACCUGUACCACGUGCAAUAAAACUGGAACCAUUAAUAAAAAUGGACACAACAAAAGCGUACCACCACGCCCCAUUUUUAUCUGUAAGUGUGGAAAAACAUAUAGCACCGACCAAAUACGUAUCCUCAUGGACGCGUAUGAACUACCCGAAACAUCGCAAUCAAGUCUACCUCUUGUUGAAGACGAUGAAAUUGAAUUUGAACAGAUUGAAUUGGAUUUAGGACUGGAUGAGGACGAUCUUAUGCAAGAUAGCCUUGUACUACCCACGCUCUCAACCUUCUCCACCAGCACAGAUAUUCCCACCACGCAAAACAACAACAACAUCAUCAAAGAUUUAAUUGAAACAAUCAAUGAAAUGAAACAACAAUUAUCUAGACAUGAUGAGCAAUUUGUAAACUUUACUAACCUUCCUCCUCCUGUAUCGUAUGCUUCCAAAGCCUCUACCCCAAAAGUCCAAACUAAAUUUAUCAAGAAAAAAAUGGCACACCAAACUUACCGAUUCAACACACCUACACCCGAACAGCUUGAAAUUGCCUCAAAAGCUUUUGAUGAUAGCAUCCUUACCAACCCACCCGACUAUCAAUUUGUUCACUUUCCUUGCAACCGCCGUCUGAAACCCAGUGAAUUAAGACAACGUCUCACUCUUUUGGGUGCAGACAAUGUCCGAGUCAUUGACGCUCACUGUCCUUACUACAAUGUUGCUGAAUUCCUCGUGCAUGAAAACUAUGUCGAUGAAUUGCGUUCCAAGUUUCGUUCUGCUCGUGUGGAAACACUCGACUACGAUUUUACCGAUCCAGUCCAUCUUCGUGAUUCUCGUUUAGCUUCAUUGACUAAUGAGGAAAAGGUACAAAAAUUAAAAGAAAUUCGUACUAACUACCUCAUCAACCGCAUAAAAAAUAUUCGUUACCCUGUUAACUAUUCUGUAGCCAAGUCAUUAUACCGUAAUGGUCACCUU